CAUCACCAGCCCCCCUCAACGCCACGCCCCCUCCGCAUGGGCCCGUAUGCUUACAGACGUCUAUGGAGCCUCGAAUAGCGACACUGCUCGGGGACUCCUCCCUCGAACGAACUCUCCUCGAGCCCGUCUCGCUCUUACCGCCACCCUCAGUCGCCCCGCGUAGACCACACCCCGUGGAACCGAGUCCCGUUAGCGACGACAGCCGCCCAAACGUAAACGCACGACGUUCUGAAUUCUUAGGCAACAAUGACAGCUAUACAGCAAGCAGGGGCCAGGGUGUACAGGUGCAGAAUUCUCAGAACUCGAGGGUUCCAAUUGCCGGAGUGUUGAACGACGAGACGCCGGCGCCCACUGGUCCCCAGCCCCUCCCGGCGCUGUCCACGGCGUCGGUGACCCCCUUCAGUGGGCGGUUGAGCGAUAUACUGCUAGACCCCUCUCAACAACCACCAAACAAGCGGAGGAGGCUCGAUGGACAGACGACCCCGCCAGCGCUGACCGGGCCCGAGAAUACGCUGCUUAAGCUUCCUCAGCCGCGGCAACUACCAAAGAAAACCUCAAAGCGGCCUCGGAUACCGCCUUUGCUACAGGGCCUGCAUCAGCCGCCUCCGCUACCACCGGAGGGCACACGCUUCCCACCCAUCACGGGAGAGGCCGGCGGCUUUGGAAGGGAUAUUGGCGAUAGGGUUGGUUUGAGGAGCCCUGUGGGUCCGGAGCGGAGUAAGGAAAAAGAUGCAGGGGACUCCCCGGGUACUGUACCGAGCGGUAACACCGUAGAAGAGGGGAAGGAGAAGGAGAACCCCGUCGAUAUGCCCACGUCCACGUCUGGAAGUGACAAGGAGAAUCGCAAUCAGAACGAGGCGGAGCGAGCAACCACGGAACCGUCCAAAGCUAAAGAGUUGAAACGGCGAAACAAAUGGUCAGAGCAAGAGACAAAGGAUUUGCUUGUUGGUGUUAGCAGAUUCGGCAUCGGCAACUGGAAGAAGAUACUGCAGUGUUCGGACUUUAACUUCAACCACCGGACAGCUGUUGACCUCAAAGAUCGGUUCCGGACAUGCUGCCCUGGAGAGGGUCUGAAGCUCCGGAAACGGAAGUGCAAGAAUAAUUCACAAGAUGCGGCCUCGGAAGGGCCAAACGCGGCAACGGCCUCCUCGAGUGCAUCGAAUAGCCAGAAUGUCACAGAUCCGGAAAUUUCCAAGGCUGAAUCGACUAGCAAAGACAGUGGGUUGAGGAAAACACGUGGGGAAAGCCAUAGAAAAGGGCCAGUUGAGCUAGCCGAGAUGGGCAUCCAUGGCCCUUUCAUCAAGAACAACCGCAGAGAGCGUCGCGAGUUCACACAGAAGGAUGACGAGAGCCUGCUGAAAGGGUUCGAGAAGUAUGGCGCAUCGUGGCAUUCGAUGAGAGACGACAAGGACUUGGGGUUCAGCACCCGGCACCCGACGGAUUUGAGGGAUCGGUUCCGCAUCAGGUACCCAGAGAUGUAUGCGAAGGCCGGGUACAAGUUGAAGCCCAAGGACGAGCGGAUGCUUAAAGAGAAAGAGGAGAAGGAGAAGGAGACUUCGAACACACAGGAAACGGCUAUCUCUACAAACACUAUUGAAGCGCCCGAAGCGCAGAAGGCAAACGAGGAAACGACCAAUAUCGACCCGGCCUUCACCAACAUCACCACAUCCGCACCAUCAAAUACAGACCUCAAAGCUCACACCCUCCGCCAGCCGCUUCUCAACUCCUUCCCAAGUCCCCUCGAAGACUUCGGCGACAUCCCUUCCGAAGAGGACGGCUCCAGCAGCCGUAGCCCCAUCGUCCUGAACAGAAACAUCUUCCAGUGGGCGGACGCAAAUCCUUCCCAAGCCGUCGCAGCAGCGACGCAAUCGAGCUUUCCCACAGUAACCAGUAUGGCUGCUGAUCCAUCUCUCAACAUGUUCGCCGGGAUGGAUGGAAUGCAUAUCAACCCCUUAGCUACGCUCAAGCUACCCAUGACUUUGAUGACCAGCAAUGUGCUCUCGGCGACGCCGUCAUCUUUCCAGCAGUCCUCGAACUCGCUUAUGCUUACCCUGCCGGUGACCCAGCCUUCCGCAAACACAACCAGUACUCCAGCGAGCAGCGGCCCUACGACCACUCCAUCUAACCCAUCAGCAAGUUCCGCAUCAAAGCAGUCCAUGAACCCGCUCCUCCGCACCCCCAACCUCCCCACCAUCGUCUUCCCCCACGUCCCCGCCGCCAGCGCAAGAAGCGCGGUGCACAACCUGCCGCCUCCCGCGGAUCUUCUGUCCGGUCUGGACUUGGACGUACGACAGGAUUCGCAGGCAGCGGGUUUCAUGUUGGAUGAUAGUCUAGGUUUCGCGCUCCCGUCGAACCAAGGCGGAUACAGCUCGACAUUUACAUUUCCGCCUACGAUUGGUGGGCCGAAUGGAAGGGGAUUGCUGCUAGAGGAGGGUUACUGGCGGAGAGGAGAGGGCUGGGUGGCUUGCGAUAAGGGACAGAGAUGAUGCUGGAUAUACUGCCUUUUUGUUAGAUCGAUAUGAUACCCACCCCCGAUAUUUCAAUGCUAUU